AUGGCAGAUAAAAGUGCAACUCGUUCUCGCAGAACCGGUGGUGUUCGAUUCUCCAAUGAUACAACAGAUUCUUCCGACGAUCACGAAGAACAUCCAUCUAGAAAUGAAUUCGAUUGGGAAGAAAAUUGUGCGAAUGAAUGUUCAUUUGAUUUAUAUUUUGGCAUUUUAAAACUUUCUCAUAUCUACUCAAUGACUUUCCACAUCAUUUUUCGUGACAAUCCAGUCGAAUUAGAAUCGAUUGUUGAUCAUCACGAUGCUCGUGGCUUACAAUUAACCGUGAACAAAUACGAAAAUUCUCAUUCAGAUCGUCGAGUCAGUUAUGAAGUUGAACUUGUGAUCAAUGCUGAUAUAAUUCCUGGUCCAUUCCAUCGAACUUUUUUAUUGAAAGAAGUUUCUCAAAAGAGAUCAGUGACAGUCAACGUGAAAGGAAAAAUUCUACGUGAAAAUCAAGGCACGGCGAUAUUGAGGCACGCUGUUCACAUUCCCAUUAGAUGGCUUUUAUUAUCACCCGAUUUUGUAAUCGAACGAUCAGUUUAUAUCGAUCGUAAACUUCAAUUAUUUUAG